AGGAAAUCGAAAGGACGAAAAAUGUAAACAUGAACUUGUCACUUCAGACUAAGGGGAGACAUGGAUAUUCUGUUGAAUUUUCACCAUUUUUUCCGACAAAACUUGCUUGCGCCUCGUCGCAGUAUUAUGGAAUAGCAGGUUGUGGGACACUGUAUAUAAUUGAGACAGGACCCAAUGGACUUAUACCUCAGACCGUGUUUGACUGGAAUGAUGGCCUUUUUGACAUAACAUGGGCAGAGAACAAUGAGAAUAUCCUGGUCACUGGGGCUGGAGAUGGUCACGUUGUGGUGUGGGAUAUUAAUCAAAGAAGGGGCCCAAUAAAAGCUUACAAAGAACACACAAAGGAGGUGAAUUCAGUGCAUUGGAGUCAGACUCGACAGGAAAACUACUUUCUGAGUGGAUCAUGGGAUAAAAGCGUGAAAUUGUGGGAUAUUUCCCAUUCCCAAUCUCUUACCACAUUCCUCGGACAUGAAGCUAUUGUUUACAGUGUACGAUGGUCUCCGCAUAUACCAGGAUCCUUUGCUUCAGCCUCUGGAGAUCACACAGUAAGGGUAUGGGAUGCAAGGAGACCAGAGACCCCUCAGACCGUGAUUCCUGGCCACAACUCAGAAAUCCUCACCUGUGAUUGGUCGAAAUAUGACCAGAACCUACUAUUUACUGGAGCAGUGGAUGGAGCUAUCAGGGGGUGGGACAUCAGGAAUCCCCAGACCCCCAUCUGUGACCUGAGGGGUCAUUCCCUGGCUGUCAGGAGAAUCAAGACAUCUGCCUUUCAAAGAAACAUCUUGGCCUCCGUGUCGUACGAUUUUACCACUAGGUUAUGGGACUUUACAAUAAAUAUGGCAGUAGAAACGCUGGAACAUCACACAGAAUUUGUGUACGGACUUGACUUCAAUCUGUUUAAGCCUGGAGAGAUGGCGGACUGUUCUUGGGAUGAAGUAUUGAGAGUGUUCACCCCCAAAUCUCUUAUCAACCCAGGGAUGACUUUACAACACUGACCCAAAA